AUGGCUGGGCGAGGAGCUGCUGCGCCAGCGGCCAGGAGAGAAGCGAGGAGGCAGGAGGAGGAGUAUGGAGAGAAGCAAGGGCCCGCGGAGCGAGGCAGGCGGAGAAAGCGGCAGCGACGGGAGCACACCGAUGCCGAGGCGGCGCGCGCGAGGGGAGCCACCCUGUGGACUGAGCAGCACGAGGCGAGCGGAUUGCCACGCCACCGCGAGAAUCCACGAGCGAACAGUGGAGGCCUGGAAAUGGCUUGUGGAUGCCACGACAAUGGACACCCUAACAGUCCUGUCAUUGAACUCGACAUGUACUUCAAAUGUAAGAAAAGUGUUCUCAACAUGUUUCAAACAGGCUCUUUACAUGUUUAAACAUUUCUCGUCCUCGACAACUCUAAGCCUGCGAGAACCCAGAGAUCCGAUGUCGUGAUUUUUUC